AUGGACGGCCAGGGCGCCCAGCCUGCUACGAACCAGCAACUCCCUCCUCAGCAGCAGCCAUCUCUAAUCCGCACAGAUCAAGUGGCCAAGUUGCCGCAUCUCACUGAUGCCCAGAAAUCGCAACACACCCAGCUAGUUAGGGGCCUAUGGGACAUCUUAAACUCGCGCGACCCUUCGAGUGACGAGUAUCGAAAUGCGCAAGUACGGCUUAUGCAGGUCUCACAGACCCUCAUGAAAGGGAUGCAGAUGUUCAGGAAUAAGCUACAGCAGCAGCAGCAACAACAACAACAGCAUCAACAACCACCGCAACCACAACCACAGCAGCAAACGGCGCAACCACCUGCUCAAAAUCAACAGCCCGCCCAAUCAAAUAGCAACCCAGCAACGUUCAAUCAGCUGCUCCCAGCUAUUCAAGCCAAAGUAAACAGCAUUCAAUUCCAACUUCCGCCAACCAGUACCAGAGAGCAGGCGGCCAACUGGCUUAUCGAAGCCAAGCUUCGAUAUGGCAUGGCGCUUCAGAAGCAGGAGAUCGGACGAACAAGGAGCCUUGAAGUACGACAGCAAGUUCAGGCGCGUCAGGGAUCGAUAAGCUCAGAGGAGAUGACAGCCUUCAAGACAAGACAGCUGCAAGCAGAAAAAUUGUUUCGUGAAGGCCAAGAGUUCUUGAAAAAAUUUCAGGAGCAACAGGAAUCAUUCAGAGCUGCCAGAGCUGGUGGUCAGGGCGCAGUUGCGCCACCAGGACAACAGCAGGGCACUAGCCAAAACGUCAGCUCCACGGCAACCCCCGCAAGCACAUCUACACCAGUCCACCCAGGACAACCACCAGCUCCAGCCCCUCAUACUGUCAACUCAGCUGUUAACGCUGCACGAGUACAAGCAGGUCAAGGACAAAUCAAUGCAGUGUCUUCUGUGCAAGGUCAGACAGCUACAACUCAGGCACAGGGACAAACGCCUACCGCAACUGCUGUAACACAGCCAAUUGCGCAGCAAGCACAAGCUACAACUCAACCAGACGGGACAACCAUGUUGCAAGGUCAAGCGCCCAAUACUCAACCUCGCCCUCUUUCGCAUGAAGCGGCCAUCUCUCAAGCAGCGAAAUCGUACCAAGGCAAUAACCAGCAGCAGCCACAGCAACCGCAGCAAGCAGGCACGCCUCAAGCUGCCGCUGCCUCUCAUGCACAUCCUCCUGGUUACAUGCAAAAUCGCUCAACUGAGAACACUACUCGCAACCACAACAUGGCUAUCCCUAAGAACUUGAAUAUCCAGCCGCCUGAGCCUGUUGCAAUGGGCACUCCACGACCUACAUUAUCAGGAGGUCCUAGCCACGGUGCCGUUGGAGUUAUGGGCCAACCUGCAAUCCAAAAACAUCCUGGAUACGUCCUCGAAGGUGAAGGUCAGAGAGUGUUGAGCAAAAAGAUGCUAGACAUUCUGGUCCGUCAGGUAACUGGAGGUGGAGAAGGUGAAGGCCUCACACCUGAUGCCGAAGAAUUCAUCUUGCAAAUGGCCGACGAUUUCGUCGACGACGUCAUUACGGCAGCCUGUCGCCUAGCCAAAUUGCGACCUUCAUCAACCCUAGAGAUUCGCGAUAUCCAGCUCGUGCUUGAGCGAAACUACAACAUGCGCAUCUCAGGCUUUGCGACAGAUGAUCUGCGCACAGUUAAAAAGCCACAGCCAGCUCAGGGUUGGACCCAGAAGAUGUCAGCUGUGCAGGCAGCGAAGGUCACACAGGGGAAAGCCGAGUAA